AUGGACCCUCCUUUGAAUCUCACCAUUCCAUGGCUCGUCUCCAUACCAUCCGUCAUUAUCCUUCAUUAUUCACCAAAUGCACAGAUAAGCGAGAUGCUUGGUCAGAGUGCCCUCAAGCUGACUACCCAUGGAUGGAUUCAUCAGCAUAAAUCGGCAGGACGAUGGAGAUUGCUUCAUCCUUCAAGACACACAAAGCCGUUCAACAUAAUCGGUCGGCUAAAGCCGCUCUUCUCGCAUGGCUUCGGUUCCUCUCGUAUUCCGUCUCCGUCUUAUGCAUUCAAGAGCGUGCAUCCUUGUGCACCAAGGCCAUUCCACCAACCAUAUGCCUGA